GUACGACAUUGACACUCUCGGUUGCCGACAUUGGUCACAGUUGUUCCAGUAAAGGGGUUUGGAGAUUGAGUCUGUAGGCGAGGUAACAACAGUCGAUCGAACGUGACUCGACCGUUGUCGCCGCAGCACGCCUAACAUCAGCUGCUGAAGAAGCCGCGCGCCAAGGCCAGCAUACGAGUCAACGUGUGCAGGUCCAUGUGACCAAACUUUCUGGAACCCACUUGUUUGUAACAUCAGCGACGUGUAUGUGGCUUACUGCACGGAGCUCAAACAUCGUCGCCGAACAUUGUCGUAGCUAUUCCUUGCAUUUGUUUUCAAGUCAAAGAUAGAAAACAUUUUUUUCUGAAAUUUCCAAAUUAUUCGAAAUAGGAAUUUCUUUUAAAACGACACAAGUGCAACAGAUUGGACAUCACUGACCGCGAAGUGCAAGCUACGUUUCUAGGGGAACACGUAAGAAUAUCUCAAAAUGCCUUCUCCUACGGAAUCAGCAGUGGGAAUGUUCUCCGCUUGGGAAUUCCAGUGUGUCGGGAUUGCCUACUUUAUAUUUGGAGCGGCCGGCGUGCUCGCCAAUGCCUUCACCGUAGUGACCUUUAUGAGGGAGACUCCAAUUAGCUCACCUCGUCACAUCCUGCAGCUCAAUAUGGCGGUCGCCAACCUCCUUGUCUGCGCACCGUUCCCCUUCUCGGGGUUGUCCAGCUUCCGGGGAAAGUGGCUUUUUGGUGACCUGGGAUGUCAGCUAUACGGUACCGAAUCGUUCUUAGGCGGAAUGGCAGCCACGACCUUUAUCCCCGUCGUCUGUGUAGAACACUACCUGGCAAGCUGCAAGAAAGAUUUCUACGACACCCUCUCGAGUGGUACCUGGUGGACGGUCGCUAUGCUCUGCUGGAUGUAUGCCGCCCUCUGGGCUAUUCUGCCUCUCUUUGGUUGGAACAGCUAUGCAAUUGAAUCGUCUGGGGUCGCCUGUGGAAUAAACUGGCUGAAGAAGGAUUCCAAUCACAUGACUUACCUGCAGGCAAUGGUUAUCACGGCCAGUAUUCUCUAUGUCAUGGCAUUCUACGGCCUGUAUCAAUCACGUGUCCACUGGGACAGCGUACAAGUAAAAUCGGACCCAAAAUCGGACGCCAACAACUGGUUCACAGAGAGGCAGCAGGCAUGGAUCUGCCUUGCGUUCAUGUGCAUCAUGUUUAUCGGAUUUGGACCGUAUGCCAUCCUUGGUCUGUGGGCGGCAUUGACGGAUAGCACCACCGUGUCAACACUAGCCAUCAUCAUCCCUUCCCUCGCCUGCAAGGCCAGCACCUCUCUCUACCCUAUUCCCUACCUCGUGGCUAGCGACAAGUUCCGUGCCGCCUACCUCGGCUAUCGUGUCACCGAACACGAGGCCAAAACCAACUGAUGAUACAUUUGUGGUAUUUGGAAAAGGGCAUGUAGUGUAAACCAUUACAGAGGCGUGAUGAACGAUUAACUGUGUAUAGCGAUAUUUUUUCUUGUGAAGAAUGUUUAUUGGACAGAGCUUUGUGAAGUUUAACUAAGACAGAUUUCACGUCCUAUUUGAGACCGUUUAUGUUUGUAACAGUGAAUAUGGAGAUUCUUACUACUUACUUGACCGGGGAUGAACAGUAACGUUGGGAUAACAUUGACCUAUGAUUGUUGUGUUAUUGUCGUUAGCUCAAUCGGCACGAAGUGCAUGUGAUGGCGCAGCGUCCGUCGUCAGUCAGGCGUCAAUUUUAUCGUCUUCAAGUGUAUGUAAAUAACAUUGAGUCACUUUCAAAUUCAACGGUGUUAAAUGUGUUAAAACGGCUUCUUCUGAACAAGCUUAUAGUCAUGAUAUUGUACCGAAAGUAUGUUGGAGUAAGGGAAUGAAUCACUUUGGCUCAGUUUCAAGGUCACCGUAUAUAAGUGCGAUAUCUAUCCCGUAGCAGUCUGAAGUGUAUGACUAUCAUGCUUGUUUCAAUAUAUAUUACUUUUACCUACUUUUAAAGGUCGGAAUGUGCGAGUCAGGGACGGAGUGGUAAACUUUGGUCUGUAGCUUCCGUGGUGUAGCAGCAAGAUGUGUCUAUUUCCUAGAUCAUACACAACAUUUCGACGUCUUUACUUUUAACGUAUAGAAUAAAGAAAAAGACUGAAAGGAGAGACUCACACAAUUUUCGCAAGCUCAUCAUAAUCAGUUACGUGUAUACCUUUAUUCCGAAAGUACAUUUACGUUAUACUACCUUAUCGCGUGAUAGAGGGAAAGUGAACUUCGGAUAAAUACCGGUGAUCUGGUGUAAAUGAUGUGCAUUGUACAUGGUAUCAAAAGUGCGACAACCCAUGCCCAAAGCCUGGCCACGGCACCAAUUUUCAAUCGGACUGGCACGCAUUCUUGUCAUAUCUUCGUUUCUAUUAAUCUGACAGCUGUCACAACAAUAUGCCAAAACACUGGUGCAGAUCCCAGCUGCAUGUGUGACGCGCGAUUAGUCAGUUGAUAUUCCUAUGAUGAAGGAUGCGAAAUUCCAUCCAUUUUUUAUCCACAAUGAACAAUCUACCACUCCGCUUAGAUGGCUUGCCACUGAUCACCUUCAAACCGGAAGUGUACAUGCACCCUAGUGUACCAAGAGACCCCAAAAUCUCGUUUGUUUUUGUGUUUUGUUCUUGAAAACGAUGCGUUCUGAUGUUGGUCGACAAGGGCAGUUCAAAACAAGUGACGUUUUACAUGCGCUGCUUAGCCUUUCGCUAAAAACUUUCCGAAGAUAUCUUCUCUGUUCACAUGCUUGAUGCUGGAUAAGAUGACCCGACUAGUAUUUUGUAGAAUGCUAGGAAGUCAUAUUUGGUUUGGUCUGGAAACACUAACCGAUGUGAGGAUGUAGAAGGAAGACACUUAAUCCAGUAGCUCCAGUUACAUCAAGGCAAAGGUAUAGGUAUUGAUUACAUCAAGGCAAAGGUAUAGGUAUUGAUUAACCAAUGUUUGGGUUGUGGUUCAUGUUAUCAUCAUUCACAACCUACACAAAGCCAACCUCGUCUUCAGGUUUUAGCUUCAUAACAAAACAAUACCUGCAUGACAACAUAUUCAAUAUGAUCACCUUCCUCCCCCCCUCCCCCCUACACACUAUGGGGUAGGGGCGAGGGAUGGAUACAGUUCCUGCACCCUCAAAUAUACACGUGUUUGUGAAAUCUGCUACGCCACUAAGCUUGCUGACAAGCUAUAAUCAUUCUAUAGAUUAAUGCCGUUGACAGACAUUGUCACAUGAGAAAACUUAAGUUAAAAUCUUAAAAUAAAAUAAAAUAUAACAAGAUGUAGAUAAAUGAUGUUUAGUCUGUGACUUUAUCGUGCUUCCUAACAAGUUUACAAACAAAUAACCAUGACCCAUGUUUAAUGUCACAGAUGAGGUAUCUGUUUACCAACAACAUUAAAUAACAGGUGAGUGAUACAGGCCAAUUGGACCUUUAAUUCAAUUUUUCGUCUUAUAAAUUACUUUUAAAACCAACUUUGUUGUCCAUACUAUGUGUUAUUUUUGUUUGCAAUUUGAUGUUUUUAUCAUGUCUUGGCAGGUAUUGAACUGUACAACGUAAAAAAUAAACUUAAGUAGUUAUACGCUUACUGCG